AUGUACGAGAACUGGCUUUUGUAUGCGAUCGGAGGAAGUGCUGAUCCAAUUAUCUUUAGUGAAGGCAACUUCUUCGUCGCUGCUAAUGCCCAUAAACAGGUGACGAAGAAAAUGACUGGAAGAUGGAAAAUAAGUACGUCGUCAAAGGACGUUUUCAAAAACGGAGCUUACUUCGGGCCGUCUGGUGGAGCCGUCCAGCCGUUUUACAAAGGAGGAGAGUCGUUCCUGGUGGCCCACGGCUCUCUCGUCCCUUCUCUUACUUCCUCCGCCGGUGUUCUCCAUUGCCUCGUCGGCAGGGUUUGCUAA